AUGGAAGUCGUACAAAAGAACGAGGCUUUUAAAAAGAUUGAAGGGAAGAUGAAAUUUGCCUAUGUCGAAUGUUUCGUCCGGCAAGAUGGCAUACUAUAUUCUGGAAAAUGGACGAAUCGAUUUGAAUCGCCGAAAACACUUCACGAUCUCGAUGAGGUCAAGCAGAUCCCAACGGCGGAUAGGGGCCCAGAGGUGAAAGCCACCUGGUCAGCAGUCUACGUGAAAACCCCAAGUCUACUGGCGUAUGUCAAUGGAGACCUCGAAAAGCAAAUCGCCCGCGAAGUCGAAGCAUGCGAAAUUCUUCGCAAACAUCCCCAUCCAAAUAUUGCGACCUAUUAUGGUUUUAUGGAGACUAACGGCCGAGUUUCUGGGCUUUGCUUCCAGCGAUAUACGUCCACGCUACUUGAAGCGGUCAAUCCUCAGAGACUCAACAAGAUCACUUUCCUUUCGAGUGCUCGUGAGCUGGUGGGAGAGAAGAUGAAGGAAGGUCUAGAAGGGAUUAUGUCUGCCAUUAAUCAUAUUCAUUCGUUCGGACUUGUGCAUAAUGACAUUAACCCGGCAAACAUUAUGAUUGAUGAGAAGGGUACGCUUAUUCUUAUCGAUUUUGAUAGUUGUCGGUUUAUCGGGGAGUCGUUGAGAGAUACCGAAGCGAAAAGAACACACCAAUGGCAUGACCCUUCUGUCACUGUUGCGCUGGAGAAGAAUGACCUUGACGCGUUCAGAGAUUUACGUGGCUAG